AUGUCGCGGCUUCACUCUAUGGAGAUUUCGGGCAUUCGCUCCUUCGCCGUACAGCCUGCUGAGAAGAUCAAGUUCGAGACGCCCCUAACUCUCAUCGUUGGCCAGAAUGGCUCUGGAAAGACGACGAUUAUCGAGUGCCUCAAGUUUGCCUUUACCGGCAUGCAGCCUCCCAACACCAAAGUUGGUGGCGCCUUCGUGCACGAUCCCAAACUGGGCAACGAUAAGUUGGUCAAGGCUAUGGUGCGAGUCUCCUUCAAAUCUGCCAAUGGGGCUUCCAUGAUCAUCGCGCGACGCUUGGAGUUGACGGUCAAGAAGGCCACUCGUUCUCUGAAGUCCUUGGAAAACUCAUUGUUGCUCUCUAAAGGAGGCGAGAAGACUGUGAUCUCGUCGCGAGUGGCCGAGCUCGACGCGAUCAUGCCCAGCUACCUUGGUGUCUCAGCUGCCAUCCUUGACAAUGUCAUUUUCUGCCAUCAGGACGAGAGCUUCUGGCCUUUGAGCGACCCUUCAACUUUGAAAAAGAAGUUUGAUGAGAUCUUCGAGGCACAGAAGUACACAAAGGCGAUUGACAACAUCAAGCAGAUUCGCAAGAAACACAACGAGGAACUGGCAAAGUACAAGAUCCUCGAACAGCAUGCGAAGGCAGACAAGGACCGAGCGAUCAAAGUCCAGCGCAGCAUGACCCGCCUUCAAGAAGAAGUAGAGUCUAUGCGGGCAAAGGUGGGAGAGCUGGAGGUCAAAAUUAAAAAAGCCCGAGAGUUGGCCGACGAAGCAUGGAGAAAAGGCGAAGACUAUGCUAGAGUUCUAGGAUCUUUGGAGGGAAAACGGAUCGAGGCGAAGGGCCGGCAAAACACCAUCAAUGGGCUGAUGCUCCAUCUUGAAGAAGUGAAGGAGCCGGAUGAAUGGCUACAGACAACCCUGGAACAAUUCCAAAUGAGACAACAAGAGUUGAAGGACGAGAUGCGCAGACGACAAGAAGAAUACAUUGAACUCCAAGACCAAAUGAAGAAUCUUGGGAAAGAACGAGAGCAGAAGGUCAAAUUGAAGGGCAAAUACGAGCAGGAGCAGGAAGAGCAUGAAAGACAGCUCGUACGGCGGAAAGAAAUGGUCCGAGAGGUGGCUGCGAAGCACCAUAUUCGAGGCUAUGAGGACCUCGGUGAUGAAAGCCAAGUCGAAGAAUUCCUGUUUCGGAUCAAGAAGUUACUCAAGGAGCAGAAAGCCACGCUCGAUCGUGUCAAGCAGGAGAACACUGCAGAACGUCGUGAAGCCCAAACGCUCGUCAACCGGUUAACUGAACGAAAAGCUGCCCUGCAGGAUAACAAGAUCAGCAUUCGAAAGCAGAUAGACACGAACGACCGUGAGGCGGGAGAUUUCCGGAGAAAAGCCGAUAAGAUUGAAGUUGACGAAGGCAGCAGAGCCGUCGUCGAGUCACGAGUCGAGGACCUGAGUGCAAAACUACGUCAAGCAAAACAUGCUGCAGAGGCUGGAGAUUGGGACAGAAAACUGAAAGACGCAUCCGUUGAGCUUCGCUCUCAUGAGGACAUGAGCUCACGUCUGAACGACGAGAUCGUCCAUGCCACCAAGCAAGCCGAGGAGUUUGCCAGGCUGACGCAUUUGAAGCAAGAGCUUAAAGAACGCCAUCGAAGCCUAGAGACACUACUGAAUGCUCAUAGUGGGCGUAUCAGCAAACUCGUGGGUCAAGACUGGACUCCGGCCACGGUUGAGAAAGUUCAUCAGGAUGUCUUGGCAACCGCCGUCGAUGAGGUUGUGUCCGCUGAAAGAGAGAGGGAUUCCGUCGCGAGGGAGUUGGACCAGGUCCAGUUCAGACAGAGAACGCUUCGAGAUGAACUCGCACGCAAGAAAGCUGAAGUGGAGAAAUGCGACAAACAAAUUCGUGCCGUGGUCGAAGCCGGUCCGGAAGGAUAUGAAGAGGCGCUUCAGCAGGCAGAGGCCGACGCAGACGAUGCGCGGGAAGACAGCGCUCAGUUUGCAGGUCUUCGUGAUUACUUACUGAAGGUACUGGACACCCUCAACGGAGACAAGCCUGUGUGUCGAACAUGUACCCGACCCUUCAAAAGUCCCAACGACCCAGCUGUGGAUAGGAUGAGAAAACGCAUUGAAGGUUUGGUGGAGAAAACCGACGAAAACGCCCGACGCACAAGCUCUAAAGAGGCAGAGGCUGAGUAUAAACGACUACUUGACCUGGGCAUCGUAUACGACACUUGGAAGAGACUUGUCAACAAUGAAACUCCCGCAGCGGAGAAAGACUUGGGUAAUAUGAGUACGGAGAGGGAUUCUCGAAUUGCUAAGAUUGAAAAACAUGACAAGAAUGUUGAGCAACGACAACAAGUGAGGCGUGAGAUCGAGUCGGUCGGUCGCACCGUAGCAUCGAUAGCCAAAUACGAGGGCGAUAUCAAGUCGUUGAACGGCCAGAUCGAGGAACUCGGUGCGAAACAAUCACAACGUGACGGUGGACGAACAUUGGACGAUAUUCGAGAAGAGCUCAACUCCGCUACAGAGAAAGUACGAGCAACACAAUCUUCGAUCAAUCGACUCAGAACCGAGCAAGAGCAAUCCCGGGUGGGUUUAUCUACCAUGGAACUCGAGCUGCGCGACCUGAAGGCCGAGCUGAGCAAUAUUGAAUUUCAACUAGACAAGAAAGCAUCACUGGUGGCUCGGGUCGAGGAAUAUCGCAUCUUGAAUCAGAAGCAAAGAGAGACUCUCGACCAACUUGACCGGGAUAUCGAGAAGCUGGAUCCGGAAAUUGCGACGGCGAAGGCCAAGUACGAGGACGUCGAUCAACGCGCAACCGCCAAGGAACGUGAGAUGUCUCAAGAGCAGUCCAAGCUCAGCGAGAGUGUCAGUGGACUUGACAUUUUGAAUGACCAAGUGCGCUCUUAUAUCGACCGAGACGGACCAAAACAGCUUGCACGUAUCAACCGGGAGCUUACUCACCUGGAGCGGGAGUUGGAACGGUUGCAAGGGGAGCAACUACAGUUGACUCGAGACAUGAAUAAGAUCAAUGAUCAGAUUCGAGACAGUGAGUCCACGCGGAGACGAUAUUCGGACAAUUUGCGAUAUCGACAGGAAACACGUGCUCUCAAUCAGCUGGAAAAAGAGAUCGAAGACCUUGGGAGUCAGAAUGCCGAGGCGGAUCGGGAUAGGUUUCAGAAGGAGUCAGAGAAGUGGACUCAUGAACAUAACAAACUCAGUGCCCUGCAGGCCGGAGUGAUGGGAGAGAUGAAGUCGAAGGAUGCCCAGCUUCUGGAGCUGCUCGAGAAUUACAAGACGGAGCUCUCGGAUGCACCACAUCGGUACAAAGAGGCACAUAUCAGAGUGGAGGCGACCAAGGCGGCUGUGGAAGAUUUGGGUCGCUACGGAGGAGCCUUGGACAAAGCGAUCAUGAAGUACCAUAGUCUGAAGAUGGGAGAAAUCAACAGCAUCAUCGAAGAGCUGUGGCGGAAGACGUACAAGGGCACGGACGUCGACACGAUCAUGAUCCGGGCAGACAACGAAUCUGGACGCGGCAAUCGAUCGUACAACUACCGGGUGGUGAUGGUCAAGAGAGGUGCAGAAAUGGACAUGCGAGGUCGAUGCAGCGCAGGACAGAAGGUGCUGGCGAGCAUCAUCAUCCGGUUGGCACUGGCCGAGUGUUUCAGUGUCAACUCGGGCGUGAUUGCAUUGGAUGAGCCGACCACCAACCUCGACCGUGAGAAUAUCGAAAGCCUGGCACACUCGCUCCGCGACAUCAUCAAGUACCGGCGGCAGCAAGCGAACUUCCAGCUCCUCAUCAUCACCCACGACGAAGACUUCCUGCGACAGAUGGACUGCGCGGAGUUUACCGGGCAUUACUAUCGAAUCUCUCGAGACCAAAUGCAAAACUCCAUCAUUGAGAGACAGAAGAUUACCGAUGUGCUCUGA